AUGGAUAAUGCCUGCGAAUCGCCCACGGAAAAAGGCGGAGAGACCGGGGAAUCAGACGAGCCGACGGCGGCUCCUGGGGGCUCCAGGGUUACAGAUACGGACGGAAUCCCGGAGGAAACGGACGGUGACGGCGACGGGGAAUUGAAAGAGGCCGCCGCUGAAGAAGGCGAGCUCAAGAGUCAGGACAUCUCGGAUUUAACAGCAGUUGAAAGGGAAGACUCAUUACUUACUCCUGCAGCCAAAAAACUCAAAAUAGAUACCAAAGAGAAGAAAGAGAAGAAGCAGAAAGUGGAUGAAGAUGAGAUUCAAAAGAUGCAAAUCCUGGUUUCUUCUUUUUCUGAGGAGCAGCUGAACCGUUAUGAAAUGUAUCGCCGGUCAGCUUUCCCUAAGGCAGCCAUUAAAAGGCUGAUCCAGUCCAUCACAGGCACCUCUGUGUCUCAGAAUGUUGUUAUUGCUAUGUCUGGUAUUUCGAAAGUUUUCGUCGGGGAGGUGGUAGAAGAAGCACUGGAUGUGUGUGAGAAGUGGGGAGAAAUGCCACCGCUACAACCCAAACACAUGAGGGAGGCUGUUCGGAGGUUAAAGUCGAAGGGGCAAAUUCCCAACUCAAAGCACAAAAAAAUCAUCUUCUUCUAG